AUGCAAUAUUAUCACCUCCUUGGUCUUGUAGCCGUGGCAUACGGAGCGGCUUGUGUCAAUUACCCUGCCAUUGAUGGCGAUAUAGUCCACGGUCACGUUGAGCUGAUUGACGAUCCUCUCCGUCAUUUCGACUCUAUGAUGAUCCCAGUCUAUAACGACUCAGCCAUUGAAGACUGGUCCCAUGAUGCCGUUUCGGCAGAUGGCUUGACUGGCAUGGCUUUCACCUCCAGCCGCGGGUCGAUUGGAGGAAUUCCUGGAGCGCUCCGUGUUUUCCUCUCCGUGGUAUGGCCGAAUGGUACCCGCUAUAUGGAAAAUGUUUUCACUGAAGAGUCAAACAUCGAAUCCUGCUCAGACAAGACGAUCGGGCGCUGGUUCAACACCAGUGCUGACGUAGAAUGGAAGUUCGACUAUACGACUAACUUCAAGAAUACACUGGUCACGGUUAACUCGCCCACGGUUACUGGCACAAUUAAAAUGAAGUCACUCGUUCCGGCUCUGUACCCGAACGGGUUAGAGUUCCCCAACCCUAAUGGCAACACACUCUUUGCACCACUGCUAUACUGGGUGGAGAGCGUUCCCGCUGGAACUGUUGAGGCCAAUUUGACUAUUCUUGGUACACCCUUUACGCUGCAGGGAUUCGGCGGUCGAGAGCGUAACUGGCUGCCUUUAUCUUGGGCAGACACCAGCGCCAGUUGGGAUAUGGUGCGAGGCGUUGUUGGGCCCUACAGAUACAUCGGAUGGGUACACCAAUCCAAGUUCAAUGGUACUCAGUACAGUAUGGUUCUACUAGAGGGGGAGAAGGUUGUGUUUCGAACACAAAGUCUUACGCCAUCCAACAAAGAAUCGUGGGGGACAAUAACUAAAACGUACAACGGCACUGUCCAUCUGACUUCAUCUCCCGACGACACGGUUAAGCUCCCGGAAUCCACCUUCAGUGGCUAUACCAUCGAAAUGGUUUCCCCCCUUACGGGGAAACAUUGGAAAUUUUCUGUCGCAUUCACACAGACUGUGUAUUGGUUUCGAGCAGGUCGUAACGCCCUCAUAGGCGGGUUCACUGCCAAUGCCAAGGGCGGUCUCGCUGGUGGGUGCCAGUAUUCAGGCCUGAGCUCUGGCAACCUUCAGGAAACUAUUACGUUAUAA